UCAGAGGGCGAGCGAAGCCAGGAGGCUCCGUUACCCCAGGCGCAAGGCCUCAUCCCGUCCCCGGCCUCUGAUAGGUGCCCCUCGCCGCCUAUGCUGCACCAGCCGCCCCUGCCUCUUCUACGCCAGGCCGUGGACUCCGACAGGAGCGGCCGGAGGAAGAAGAGAAGGCAAGAGACUGGUCACAGGAACAGAGACGAUGGCCGGCCUGAGGAGCGGAGGAAUAGGCUGGGCGUGGGAAGCCUGUUGCCCGCCGAGCCUCUAAUGCUCGCUCAGCCGUGGAGGCCUCAGGAAGAGUCCGCCAAGAGGACGGAACUCAGGGCCGCGGCCUCGUACAGGCCUAAGAGGGAGGAGGCCGCGGGGUAUGGCAAGCAGCCGCCCAAGGCCUACAGAGGGGACAGGGGCUCUUCCAGGGUCUCGCCCCAAGGCAAUCACCGCAAGAAAUCGGCGAGCCCGAGCCGCUCACCCAGCCCGGGCUACAGCGGACACCGGUCGGCCCGCCGGAGAUCCCGGAGCCCGUACAGCCCGGUCAAUAGGAGGUCCGCAAGGUCACGAAGCAGAAGUCCUUAUAAGUCGAGACGCUCUCGUUCACGAAGUAGACAUAGGGUAUCAAGAUCGAGAAGCAGACAGUCUAGCAUCUCCCCAAGCACCUUGACGCUGAAGAGCAGCCUAGCUGCAGAGAUGAACAAAAACAAGAAGGCUAGGGAAGCAGAGGCUGCUAGAGUUCUAGCGAAAGCUUCCAGCACCUCUACUCCUACUAAGGGACAGUCAGAGGCUGCCUGCAACUCCCAACAAGCAAAUCACGCCAAGGAGCAAAAGAAAACAAAAACAGACAAUGCCCCUUCCCCAACUGUCAAAAGUGAUAAAGCCAGGGUAAAAACUAUGACUCCGGCACCAAGUGUGGAUAAUAGUGUACAAGCUGAUAAAUCAGCCAAAUCAAGCGGAAAGGUGCAUAAGAUGGAUACUGUAAAAGAAGAAGCACCUAAUCCGAAAGAGAAAAUCAAAGCACAUAAAAGUAUAUCGGCUGUAUCUGAGAAGAUUAAAAGUUUAGGGAUGUCACCAAUAGUACCUUUAUGUCUACCUCUUCCGAUCGCCCUCUCUAGUGAUGCAAACAGUUUCCGAGGCUGUAUCCCCGGAAAAUCGGUCAAGAAGGAAAUGGAGCGAAAACUUCGGCACUUGCUGUCUGAUUUGCCCCUCCCACCUGUUUAUAGUGGAGAUCUAUCAUGUAGUCCGGAGGGGAAGAAAUCAGCAUUGAAGAACAAACGGAGGCCUAAGAUCUGCGGGCCACGCUGUGGUGAAAUACAUGAGAAAGACAUUGAUUGGGGAAAGCGAUGUGUGGACAAGUUUGACAUCAUUGGAAUAAUUGGAGAAGGCACCUAUGGACAAGUGUACAAAGCCAGAGAUAAAGACACUGGAGAAAUGGUGGCUUUGAAGAAAGUGCGUUUGGACAAUGAGAAGGAAGGUUUUCCAAUCACCGCUAUCAGAGAAAUUAAGAUCCUUCGUCAGCUCAACCACCAGAGCAUUAUUAACAUGAAGGAAAUAGUCACAGACAAAGAAGAUGCUGUAGACUUUAAGAAAGAUAAAGGAGCUUUUUAUUUGGUGUUUGAAUAUAUGGACCAUGAUUUGAUGGGUCUACUAGAAUCCGGAUUAGUGCACUUCAAUGAACUUCACAUAAAGUCCUUCAUGAGGCAACUUAUGGAGGGUUUGGACUACUGUCACAAGAAGAACUUUUUGCACAGGGAUAUUAAAUGCUCAAAUAUUCUACUAAAUAACAGGGGGCAGAUCAAACUUGCAGAUUUUGGACUUGCAAGAUUGUACAGUUCAGAAGAAAGUCGGCCUUACACCAAUAAAGUCAUUACAUUAUGGUAUCGUCCUCCUGAGUUGCUGCUUGGGGAGGAGAGGUACACACCAGCUAUAGACGUCUGGAGCUGUGGGUGUAUUCUUGGUGAGUUGUUUACAAAGAAACCAAUCUUCCAAGCUAAUCAAGAACUUGCACAACUUGAAUUAAUAAGCCGCAUGUGUGGAAGUCCGUGCCCUGCUGUUUGGCCCGAUGUGAUAAAGUUACCAUAUUUCAACACCAUGAAACCAAAGAAGCAAUAUCGUCGAAAGAUCCGAGAGGAGUUUGCUUUCGUUCCCACUUCAGCACUGGACCUGUUUGACCACAUGCUAGCGUUGGAUCCUAGCAAGCGAUGUACUGCUGAACAAGCUCUACAGUGUGAAUUUCUUCGGGAAGUAGACCCAACUAAAAUGGCUCCCCCUGAUCUCCCUCUUUGGCAAGACUGCCAUGAGUUGUGGAGUAAGAAACGCAGAAGACAGAAACAAAUGGGAAUGUCUGAUGAUGUAACGGCACCAAAACUACCAAGGAAAGAUUUAUCUGCCGGAAUGGAUGACAGCAGAAACAGCACUCCCCAAGGGAUGCAGACAUCCUCCCAGAUAAAGCCUCAGGGAUAUCCUGGUGUUGGAUUAGGUCAUCCAAGUUCUGGACAGCAGCUGAAUCAGAAUUCGGUGGCCAUUUUACUAAACUUGCUACAGUCUCAGACUAGUAGUGUCAGCAUGGCACAGUUGGCACAGGUUAUGAAUAUCAAGGUGAAUCCAGAGACUGAGCAACAGCUGAACAAUUUAACUCUUCCAGCUGGUAUUCUUGCAUCUGCCGAUAAAUCUCCAGAGCCAAAAGAGGAGCCUCCCGUUCCAACUGCAGUAUCGGAACCUGAACAGCCCACCUUCCCAUCAUUGCCUUUACCUAAGGCUAAGCCGGAUGGAGCUCAGACAACCAUGCAGAGCACUUUUUCAGUAUUACUGGCUCGUUUAUUAAAAGAUCAAGAGCAAAAACAACAAGCAAAGGCAGUAGAAGAGCCUCCUGAGGAGAAUCUACAAGAAGAAACGCAGAAACCCAGAAGGCCUCCAAGUCCUGAACCUAUUGAUGAAAAUGAUCUUGUUGAUCACCACGAUCCACCGGUCAAAAGCGCAUCACCUGAACCAAAUCAUCCUCAAAUACUGCCUCCGGAUCAGCGGCCCCCAGAGCCACCCGAACCUCCUCCAGUGGGAGCGGAAGAUCUUGAUUACCGGACAGAAAGGCAGCAAGUACCCAACACCAGCAUGUCUGCUUGUGAUCCUCAUGCAGAAGUUAAAGCAGCACUAUUGGAAAUAAUUGCCCAGCACCAGGCUCAGGAACAAGAUACAAGUGGUGUAGACUACUCUGGGGGCAAAUCGUUUACCAAGGCUCAAGACAGCACUGAGAAAUGUGGACCAUCUUUCCUCGCAACCUCCUAUAGCGGUGACAGACCUAGUAACAUGCCUGCUGCUGUUUUGGAAAGGCACCCUGAACAACAGCCUGUUGAUAAUUACAGUACUUCUUCAUCUCAGAUCGGUAACCGGCUCCCUGCAAACCCUCCGUUUCCAGAGCCCUUCUGUAAUUCUGCCACCACUUACAGGGACAGCUACCUCAAUGCUGGUUCCAUGUUGUUUAGUGGUGACAAAGAUCACAGGUUUGAAUAUAGUCAAAGCCCCACAUAUAUAUUGGCAAACAAUAAUCUCUCUGCAGGAAUGGACAGUCGUACAAUGCCAACAAAAAUGCCUAACUUUAGCUACAGCACUAAUGUACCAGAGCAUCCUGGUCUACCUGCGCUAAUGCACAGACCUGUGUGGGCAUCUCCUCACCAGGCACCUGCUUUCUCUCAAGGACAUGGGGGACAUAUGGGUACAUAUGUCAGAGGUCGUGGGAGGGGGUUACCAUUUUGAUUUUUUUUUUCCCUCAGGCAAAAUAUUUCUAUCUGGAAUGACUUUUUAAUUUUCGGCAAAGCUGCAUUUUCCAGCAGCUGCAAAAUAGACUUGAGAAUGAGUCUGAUAACAGCUUUAUUUUUUAUGUAAUAUGAAAUGGUCUUGCAAUACAACAGCAAACAGUGGAGGGGGAGGGUAAAUACUGCAAUUUAUUCUGUAUUUGAGAGCUAAAUAACUAAUUUACACAUUGACAAAUAUUCGUUUAAAAAAAAAAAAAAUCUUAAUUUUGUACUUUACCAUUUUGAAGUUUAAUUAUUUUCUGGGCAUCAUCUUUGUUUUCCCCACUGGCACUUGCAAGAAUUUUGAAGAAUAUGGCACGUGUGCUUAUUUUUUUGUACAUUUGGACCAAUGACUGGUAAUUACAAGGCAGUGCUUGAAUUCCUUGGUAUCUGUUUCUUUGUACAAAUACUACCUUUAGUCAAAGGUCAUUGUCGGUUCUUUCACUGCUUUCAGUGUCAUUGUGAAACUAGUGCUCAUUUCAGACAGAAUAAUAAAA